CCGCCCAAUCAAAGGUAUCACAUGAAAGGAAUCAUCAUUUAGGUUUAAUAAAUAAUAUGGGAGAUAUAAUAAACAGCAUGGACAUAUUCAAGAAGCUGGACUUUGAUACUUCCAAUCAAUGGAUCUUCUACGAGGAACGUUUUCACAAAUUCUUCGAUUUCUUUGCGAAUAACAUCAGUGAUGAAAACAUUUUAUUAGAAACCGAAGUUCUGGACCAUGAAGAAUAUGUCAAACGUAAUGAAUAUUUGGGAGCGCAGGAACGAAAGCCCCGUCUCGAUGAAUUGGAAAGAGAGUACAGUGGUCUAUUGUCUUCAAAUACUAAGGACAAAAUCAAUUCUCUGCAGCAGGAAUAUGAAAUAAUGGAAAAGUUAUAUAAUGACUACAAUGAAUUGGUGGAGGACAUGAGGGAAACCAAGCAUCUUUUGAAUUGUGAGUUUAGCCGUCAGGAAGAAACUUACAAUGCUCUCAAAAAUAAAGAAAAAGAACUGAUGGCCCAUUGUCAAUUGAAGGCAAAACAACUAGAGGAUAGCGAAAGUGAAAAUCAUAAAAAAUGCAAUGAAGUUAUGAAAACAUUUUCGAAAUUGCAAUCGCCACCACUUUUUAUGCACCAACUGCCAUUGGAUCAAUAUUUUCUUAAAUGUGACUCAUUUUCCCAAUAUCUUUCUCUAUACAUCAAAGAAAAUUUCAAAAUACAGGAAUAUAUGAGCAUGGAAACAAGUUUAACGGAAAAUCAGGAGACAGUCGAAAAAUUGGGGAAGCUAAAAAAAGCCAUUGAAAAAUACACACUUGCCUAUAUUAUGGAAAAGAGUAAAAUUCAUGGCUUACAAUGUGCAAUCGAUGCCUUAAAUCUCACUCACAUACAUGUCAUCAGCCUUUCGGAUAUGCAACGUGAAACACAAGAUCUGGCCCAAGCCAAAAGUCGUCACGAAAUAGCUCAUCAAACAUUGAAGUUGGAUCUGCAACAUCAAGUGCAACAAAAAACUCAACAAACCGUCGAGUUGAUACUCUAUGAAAAUACAAAACAGAAAUUGGAGAGAGCUCUGAAACGUCACGAAAAUGAUCGAAAUCUUACCAAGGUUAUAUCAGAGGCCUUGUCCAAUGCCGAACUCAUAUGGAUGGCCGUACAAUUGGAUAUGGAGAAGAAACGCAAUCGUUUCGACAAUACUGAACAAUUGACAACAGAAUCACAGCGAUGUCAGUUGCGAAUUCAGCAUAUGAAGAAUGCCCAAUCAACGGAUCUUUCGCGAGAGUUCAUACAACAGUUGGCUCAAAUGUUGGGACAACAUUUACAACAAAAUUUACGCUGCGAAGUAAAGACAUGUUUGUAUGAGUAUGAGAAAUUCAAACGUUUGUUAAACUAUUCCCUACAAGGACUAUUAAAUAGGAAAUCGUAUAGCUCAGCUUUGGAGAAACUUAAAGAGAUCAACCGUAUUGAGUCCAUUUUACAUCCUUUUGUCUAUGACAGCCCAGUUAACGCCCCUAUGUUUGAAAAUGUCCACUAUUUAAGGCCAAUUUUCAAUGUUAAGAAUCAACAACAGCGUAUUGAAAAACUUUUAAGGCAGCUGAGAACGGAGUUUCAUGAAAAUAUUACUGAACGAUUGGAGAAUGAUAAACUUUGGCGUUAUAGUCAACUACUUUGGAUUUGGUUUUUAACUGAACCACGUCGAGUGCUGCAUGCCAUUGAAGAAGCAAAAAAAGCUGCCUCUAAAGUACCCCAAAUAACUGGCAUAAAGACAUUAGGAGGAAUAAAACGAAAAUAAAAAACAAGGCCGCAAUUUAAAGCAUAAAUUAUAAUUUCUUCAACUUAAAGUUUAUGUUCUAGAGUCCAACUUAAAAACUAUUAAAGCUAAAAACAAAAAACAAUAAUACGACGAAUAUUUCGAUAAAGAGAACAACAAGACAUGUAACCACUAGAUACCGGCAAUUAUUCUUGGAACCAUGUGCCUAGUGAACACCAUCUCCAAGGCGUUGACUGAAUACACAAUACACUUAAGAGAGAAAACAAACAAGUGAAUAUAUGUUGCACAAGUGUGCUGGGGAUAUAAAAAAAGCUUAAAUUAAUAUUCCUUCUAGCAAACAUAGUGUGUACAAAGCUAAAUUUAACAAUAGACAUUUGGAACUUGUGUGGAUGCUGCUUUUGCAAAAAUUUGUUAUGCCUAUUGACAUUGUAGCAACUGUCCAGGUAACUUGAAUUGAAAUUAAUUGGUGUGAGAGAGUUUUUGUAUGUUUUUUUUACGAUAAAUUUCUAUUUC